AUGACCUUCAUGGAGUCUGGAUCCACACAGUCGUACAAAUUUGCUUAUAAAGCUAACCACUCGGUUAUUAGGCGUUGCGAGCCGUUACAAGCCAGGGGUAGCGGUGAUUGGUCGGGAGGAAGGAGGGGGGCGGGGCUUGUGGCCGAGCUAGCCUUGGUGAACCGGCACGCUUGCAACGACGCUCUUGAACGUCUCCUACUGGUGCAUUGUGGGAGUUUAUGUAAAACGAAGAUGGCGGCCGCCUGCGCCAGGGUGCUCGGUAAGGUCGGCUGGCAGGUGCUGGAGUCUCCGUCGUGCCGGCCCGGCGGUAUUUCUGCCCUGGUCAGGAAUGCUUCGCUGCACGGCUCCAGGAGAGCGUGCGGUACCGGCGGGGCGGGCGGGUUCCGGUCCGGAGUGUUCCGCGCCGCUCCUCUGCGGGGAGGCGGCGGAGUGCUGAGCUGCGCCGUUCUGCUGGGAGGAGGACUCGGUUUGUAUCAGACCGUGAAGUUUUCUGUCCAGCGUCUUUUCGCUGAAGAGGAAACCAAGGCUCCCAGAGGUGGUCUUAAAUUGACCCUCUACCAGUACAAGACGUGUCCGUUCUGUAGCAAAGUGCGGGCCUUCUUGGAUUACCAUGGUCUGCCAUAUGAGAUUGUGGAAGUCAAUCCGGUGAUGAGGCAGGAAAUCAAGUGGUCAUCCUACAGGAAAGUGCCCAUCUUAAUGGUGAAUGAUGAAUUGCAACUGAAUGACUCAUCUGUCAUCAUCAGCUCCCUGAAGACCUAUUUAGUCAGCAAGGAGAAAACGGUGAUGCAGAUUCUCCAGUGCUACCCCGAAAUGAAGUCAAUAAACGACAGUGGGAAGGAGGUGACCGAAUAUAACAACAAAUACUGGCUGAUGCUGGACCAGGAUGAGACCCAGCAGCUGUACCUAGACAAAGACUCCCAGAAAGAGGAGAUGAAAUGGCGCGAGUGGGCCGACAGCUGGCUGGUCCAUCUCAUCUCCCCCAACGUGUACAGAACCACCGGCGAGGCCCUGGCCUCCUUCGAUUACAUUGUACGUGAGGGCAAGUUCAGCACCUUCGAGGGUUUCUUCGCCAAAUACGUUGGCGCUGCGGCCAUGUACAUCAUCUCCAAGAGGCUGAAGCGCCGACACAACCUCCAGGAUGACGUGAGACAGGAUCUCUACAAGGCUGUGAACAGCUGGGUGGCAGCCAUUGGCAAAAAGAAGAAGUUUAUGGGUGGGGAUCAUCCCAAUCUGGCAGACCUGGCAGUCUACGGGGUCCUGCGAGUGAUGGAGGGGCUCGAGGCGUUUGACGACAUGAUGGAGAACACCAAGGUCAAAUCCUGGUACCGGCACAUGGAGAGAGCCACGCUCAACCACAAGGGACGCAACUGAGGACACGCCGCAAAGUCCUGGGCUGUGACGGAGGUCAGAGUUCACCCAGACACUUCCAGCCUAGCAAAAAAAAAAGCAAAAAAAGCAAAAAAAACAAAAAAAGGACUCAACGGGCGAACUGUCGCCGGCACUCUGAAUCCAGACCACUGCCUUUCUUUGAUUUGCUGACAUCUCCUGAACCCAGUCAAGGGUUCAGGAGAUUUCAGAAAGGCCUUCGGUUUCAGUAGGGCCCUCACCACCCACCGCCUUCACUUCCUGCAAUCGACAAAUCUCCAAUGCAGUAAUUGUUUUGAAUGACUUAUCUGCAGACACAGACGGCUCUGCAAGACGCCACCUGACCAUGCUGCUCUGACACGCCUGCUUGAGCGUUCAUACAGACGUGCUCAAACGGAAAACGGAUCUACAGAUUACUAGACAUCUGGACAUCUGUGACGUGACCGUACUUCAGCCCAACAUGACCGCCCAGUCUCCACGCGGUGGACAAACUCCUCUGCUGUUCUUUAUUCAAACUGUUGAUCCUCAUAAAGAGGGUUCCUACAUAAGUCUGGAAGAGAGAUUUGAUCGUUCCCAGGUCCUGAAAACUUAAAAUGUCCAGGGAAGUACGGGGAAUUGGGCUGCAAUUCGGUCCCGAUACGUGACUAAAUAUUUGAGGUAGCCGUGACGUUUUGUCUCGUAGAAUAAUGUUCUGCUGUUGAACCAUAUGGCCAAGCUGAUGGUUCCAACGCUAUCAUACCAAAUUCCCAAAAUAAGGCUUGGAAAAGGUGAGGAACGUGUGUAGGAACCCUUCUAACUGGUUCAAAUCUCUUCUUUCCUGCUUCCUUCAGUAAGCCACUAGUCAGUUUGUGUUCAGCUUUGCUGCGUUAAUGUGACGGCGGCCAUUCAUUUGUGUCCGGCGUCUACGUCCCGACCGCUGGAGCCACAUCUUCUACCUGUACCAUGAAACGGUUUUGUUGCUCGGAUCUGAACCAUGUUAAUGGUGCCACGUGGAAAAAGGUCGACUACUUUAUUUAUUCCAGAUAAACGUCUUCAUAAUUUCUAGGAUUUAUCUAAACGCAAUAAAUAUUGGUAAGCUAAGCUCUGGAGGUUCUGUAGGUUUAAAAAAGAAACUGGUGUAUUACCAGUUUGGAUUUACCAGUAACACAAACUGUCAACUGCAGACGAAGUUCUGAACUAUUAAAGCUGCACUAACGUGCACACGUACAAAAAAUAAAAUGCAGUGAGAAAACAUCGGUCGCCUGUUUACUUGUGGACAUGCUCAUUUUAUCCAUUUUCCAGAUGAGGGACUGCGUUCUUCCCAAAGUCUGAAGAUGCGCAGAC